UGUUUACGUAACUAUGCUCUGUUGUAAGAAGAGCAAAUAUUAUUUCCCGCUCAACUUCAAAAAUUCCCCAAAUUCAUUUGAUUUUUGGUAAAAGAAUCCCUAAGUUCCCAAUUUCCCAAAAUCUCACUUCGAUCCUCCUCCAUCGCCAUCUUCUCUGGUUUCCAAACGUAAUUCCUAACUCCCCAAAUCCAACUCUCUUCAAAACCCAAACGUAAUGAUUACUCCCAUGGACAUCUCCAUUCGAAAUCCAAUCGACAGUGAGAUAUCAGAGAAAAACCGCGUCGCAGAACCCAGCCCAGCUCCUAUCCUCCCCCAAGACAAAAUCCUCGUCUCUGUUGAAGUCUGCUUAAAACCCUCCAGCACAGCUCGACAAGAAGAUGUCCGAGUAGCCGUUGAGCAAAUGCUUGAGAAGCGAAGCUUGAGCUAUGUAGAUGGGCCCGUUCCGGUGCCUGCUGAUGAUAUAUUUCUCGUGCAAAAUGUACAGAGGAUUCGAAUUUGUGAUACGGAUGAGUGGGUGAAGAAUCAUGACAUUCUCUUGUUUUGGCAAGUCAAACCUGUCGUCCAUGUCUUUCAGCUUAAUGAGGAAGGACCAUGUGAGGAAUUAGGUGGGGAUGGACAACUAUCUAGCUUUAAUGAGUGGAUUCUCCCAGCAAAGGAAUUUGAUGGCAUGUGGGAAAGUUUAAUAUAUGAAUCUGGACUCAAGCAGAGGUUGUUGCGGUAUGCUUCAAGUGCAUUGCUUUUUACAGAGAAAGGUGUUGAUCCAUUUCUAGUCUCAUGGAACCGCAUUAUCCUUUUACAUGGACCUCCAGGGACCGGGAAAACAUCUUUGUGUAAAGCAUUAGCUCAAAAAUUAUCAAUUCGAUUAAACUCCAGAUACCCUCAAUGCCAAUUGGUUGAAGUUAAUGCACACUCUUUAUUCAGUAAAUGGUUCUCUGAAAGUGGCAAGUUGGUUGCAAAGCUUUUCCAAAAGAUUCAAGAAAUGGUAGAGGAAGAAAACAAUCUGGUAUUUGUUUUGAUUGAUGAAGUUGAAAGCCUUGCUGCUGCUCGAAAGGCUGCUCUAUCUGGUUCUGAACCUUCAGAUUCAAUCCGGGUUGUGAAUGCACUGCUAACGCAGCUAGACAAAUUGAAAUCAUCACCAAAUGUGAUCAUCCUUACAACAUCAAAUAUAACAGCUGCAAUUGAUAUUGCAUUUGUUGAUCGAGCUGAUAUCAAAGCUUAUGUUGGUCCUCCAACUCUUCAAGCUCGUUAUGAAAUUUUAAGAUCUUGCUUGCAAGAACUAGUACGAACAGAAAUUAUAUCAAAUUUCCAGGACUCCAACACGCUUCUCAUUCCAAAUUUUGUUACUUUAAAAGAGAAACUGAAUACAUCUGAGAUUCAGGAAGAUCAGUCACAGCUUCAUUUUUUUAAACAAUUCCUGGAAGCAGCAGAGACAUGUGAGGGCUUGAGUGGAAGAUCACUAAGAAAACUACCAUUUUUGGCACAUGCGGCUCUCACCAAUCCUUACAGCUGUGAUCCUUGCAAAUUUUUGAGCACAAUGAUAGAUACAAUAAAAAGAGGGCAGUCUGAACUCUGUGAUUGAACAAGUUUUUACUCACUAACGCUCACUGUGUAAUGUGAAGAGGACAUACAUUUGUGUUAAGGCUAUUACACUUGUCUUGUAAAUGUGAUCUCCAUUUUGCAUUGAGAAAUUUGGUCAUA